AUGGAGGGACGUGUACAAGUCCAACUUGAUGCGUCCAAACCAUUGAGUAUGAAAAAGUCAGUGCAACUAAAACCUGGAGAGCAGAAUCCAGUGGAGUUCGACUACGAAAGACUGUUCUCCGACUUGAGGAAGAUGAAAAAAGGAGGAACCAGGAGAUUGCCUGGGAUUAGUGAGGGGGUGAAACAACAAAAAGACCGUCAGUAUCAGAUUAAGAGGCCUCAAAGCCAAUCUCCAUUAAGACCAAUGCAAAUAAGUCCUCCCCUGAAGUAUCGUGGAGUGAACGCAAGUCGUAAACUUCAUAGGAUCGAACAACAAGAUGGUGAGGAACAAGAAGGCUCUACUAGCACAAGGUCAAAUGCUAAGAGCCCAGCUAUAGAGAGAAUUUCUCUUCCACAUAAUCCGAAGACUAGCCGUAACAGAAAUUUUAUCCUCAAUAGGACCAACCUACCCCUUCUUCUGAAAGAACAUCAACGGCAAGAACAAGAGCAUACAAGAGCUUCUCAAGAUUCAGAGGCAACAAUCCCAGAUUUGUCGGACCUGCACAAACUCCCAAAUCAAAAGCUACCACUAGGAGUGAGGUUAGGAGGAAGACAAGAGGAACCAAGAAUAGCUACAACAAAUCCAAAGGGCAUGAGGAAAGGUCAAUCUAAAAUCCCAAGCAGGAAAUGGGGUGCGAGUAGUCCCUUACCUAGAGCAAAUUCAAAGAAGCGUAAUACAACAAGAGCUCAUACUUCUGUUCGAAAGAAAAGCAAUGUAGACAAUGGCAGUAAAUCCUUCACCAAUCUCUAG